CGACACCGGGCGCACAAUGCUGGACCUGAGCACAACGAAGAAACAAUCAUCUGUGUGCAUUGAGCGACCUGGAUUCAGACAUCACAAAAAGGAGAGUUAUGUGUGUCAUUCACCGCUGUCCCAGCACAGCUCAGACAGUGGAGAUGAGUGUAUUCAGUUCCGGAAACUGAAUGGCUCACCUGGUGACUGUCCCAGUCGCCAAAGUCUGCACAAGGAGCUUCUGCUCACUCAUAAGAGAGGCCUAUUGUUGGAGGAGAAACCAGAAUUGCAGCGUGUGUUACAGCAGAGGAGACUUGACCUGCACAGAGAGCAGGAACUUGCCCUCCAACCUCCUUCAGACCUAGAACAGGAGCUUCGCAAGAGACAGCAGAAAAUGCAGGAGGUACUGACUGUUCCCAAUCCACUGUGUUCCUCAAAUGAAGUGGAGAUCAAGAGUUGGCCAGAUGUCUGGUGAUACAGUUUAAUUUAUGAGAUGGAGGAACAGAGGCGUCUUGAGGAUGAGAAAAAUGUCCCAGAAUUUGUACGAGUGAAAGAGAAUCUGCGCCGCAUACAGUUGGCCGAAAGCAACUGAUGGAUCUGUGGAGAGAAAAAAAAAUGCCUUGGAAUUUUUAUGUAUGUUUUCAUAUUAAAAUAAUAGGAUGUUUUGAUUGUUGGGAAGUGUCAAAUGGCUGUGUUUAGUAAUGAGGCACUGUAUUUAUUGUUACAAUAAAAUACUGUAUAUUUGAGUCAAAUUAAA